AUGGACCUUGACCUGCACAAUAAGGAUGAAGAGGAGGGAAAACCUUUGGAACAUGACAAAAUUGAUAGUAGCUCCAGGGAAAGAAGGUCAACUAGGCUUCGUGAUAAGACAAGAAAAGAGGAAAACAAGAAAUCUGAUAGCAGGGCCAAUGUUAAAAAAUUGGAGGAAAUUUAUGAUUUCGAGGAGGAUGAUAAUUCCACUGACAAACCUGAGGAUGAGGAUUUUCAAGAGGAGGGGGAUAAUUCUGAAGAGAAUUUCAAAGAGAAAGAAGGGGAUGACAUUAGCGAGAAUGAGGAGCAUUUGGAUACUCCAGAACAAAGCCCUAGAAGGCCCCUAAUUUUUCAGGAAAUGAGGAGAUGGUCCCUUAUUCCCAAGACUCCCCUAUUAAAAAAGAUAACAACAAUAUGUUGA